CUUUAAUUUUACAUUAGGAGAACUCUGAAAAUCAUGCCAAAUCAGUUGUUAUAUCUGACUUCAAGGAUUCUGGACCAGUGUUACUGAAAUGAUAUUACAGAAGGCAGCAAUUGCAUUGUGUUCGUUGGAUGAAACCUGAAUAUUUACUGUCAGUCAAGUGGGUGAAGCCCCUAACUGCAGUUUACAUGUGUAGGUCACUGCGGUACUGUGUUAGUCACUGUCUCUAUGCAGCAAUGACAAGGCUAGAAGAAGCAAACAGAGAAGUGAACAUGCACUCAUCAGUCAGAUACCUUGGCUAUCUUGCCCGAAUCAACCUACUGGUUGCCAUUUGCAUGGGCCUUUAUGUCAGGUGGGAAAAAACUGCAGAUGCACUUAUUUUGGUAAUAUUUAUUCUGGGGCUCUUUGUUCUUGGAAUUGCCAGCAUACUGUACUACUAUUUUUCAAUGGAAACAGCAAGUUUGAGUCUCUCCAAUCUUUGGUUUGGUUUUUUGCUUGGCCUUCUCUGUUUUCUCAAUAAUUCUGCCUUCAAAAUGGAUGUGAAAGAAGAAGCUACAAAAUAUUUGCUUCUCUCUGCCAUUGUUUUAAGGAUAUUAUGUGCUUUAGUUGAGAGGAUUUGUGGUUGUGUCCAUCAUCGACCAACUCUGCUGACAACAGUUGAGUCUUUGGAGCUAGUUGGAUUUGCAAUUGCCAGCACAACUAUGCUUGUAGAAAAAUCUGUGAGUAUUAUUCUGUUGGUCUUGGCUUUGGCCAUGUUGAUUAUUGACUUACGUAUGAAGUCUUUUUUGGCAAUUCCAAAUUUGGCAAUUUUUGGAGCCAUUGCAUCCCUACUCUUUUUUCCAUCACUGCAGAUCCCCACAAACCCUUUUGCCUUGGCGUGUUUCUUCAGCUGCCUCAUUUCAGAUCCCCUUCUCGACGUUUACUUCAGUGGACUUUCGGUUACUGAGCGAUGGAAGCCCUACCUGUACCGUGGUAAAAUUUGUAGGCGCCUUUCUGUCAUAUCAGUUGGAGUCAUUGAACUAAUCUUUUUCAUUCUUGCAGCCUUUAAACUACGUGAUUUGGACCUCUGGUAUUUUGUGAUACCUGGUUUUUCUAUUUUUGGAAUUUUCUGGAUGAUCUGUCAUGUGAUUUUUUUUAUAACUCUUUGGGGAUUUCACACAAAACUAAAUGACUGCCACAAAGUGUACUAUACUCACCGAGCAGAAAACAACAGCCUGGACAGAGUCAUGGCAUCUAAAGGAAUGCGUCACUUCUGUUUGAUCUCAGAACAGCUGGUAUUUUUCAGCCUUGUUGCAACUGCUGUUUUGGGAGCAGUCUCUUGGCAGCCAACCAAUGGGAUCUUCAUGAGUGCAUUUCUGAUUGUUCUGCCUUUGGAGUCCAUGGCUCAUGGGCUUUUCCAUGAACUGGGAAACUGCUUGGGAGGAACAUGUGUCGGGUAUGCUGUUGUGAUUCCCACCAACUUUUGCAGUCCUGAUGGCCAACCAACUCUUCUUCCACCUGACCACGUCCAAGAGUUAAAUCUGAGGUCUACGGGCAUGCUUAAUGCCAUCCAAAGAUUUUUUGCUUAUCACAUGAUUGAGACAUAUGGUUGUGACUACUCUACAAGUGGGCUGACCUUUGAUACCCUUCACUCCAAGAUCAAGUCUUUUCUUGAACUUCGGACUGCAGAUGGACCCAGACAUGAUACCUACAUUCUGUAUUACAGUGGUCACUCACAUGGCACUGGUGAAUGGGCACUGGCAGGGGGUGAUGCUUUACGACUUGACACACUGUUGGAGUGGUGGAGAGAAAAGAACGGCACCUUUUGUUCUCGACUGAUCAUUGUUUUAGACUGUGAGAACUCUCAGCCUUGGGUUAAAGAAGUAAGAAAAGUAAAUGACCAGUAUGUUGCUGUGCAAGGAGCAGAAAUGGCCAGAGUUGUAGACAUCGAGGAAGCAGACCCUCCACAGCUUGGUGACUUCACCAGACAAUGGGUUGAGUACAACUGUAACCCUGACAGCAACAUCAGCUGGUCUGAAAAGGGCCGCACGGUGAAAGCGGUGUAUGGUGUGUCAAAGCACUGGAGUGACUACACUUUGCAUUUGCCAACGGGAAGUGAUGUUGCCAAACACUGGAUGAUGUACUUCCCACGCAUCACCUAUCCAUUAGUACAUUUGGCAAACUGGUUUUGUGGUCUCAAUCUUUUCUGGGUCUGUAAAGCGUGCUUUAGGUGCUUAAAAAGAUUGAAAAUGAGCUGGUUUCUUCCCACAGUGCUGGAUACAGGACAGGGCUUCAAACUUGUCAAAUCCUAAUCAGCAACCAAAGAGAAAAUGAAGUGAGAGCUUUGUGAAUUUCCUCACUUACCAUACUUAAAACUUCUUCUAUGACUAUUUUUCUCUGAAAAAGUCUGUUCUACUCACUUUAUUCAGCUUUUGGAGCAGCUACAGUAUAUGCAACAGUUAGAAAUUGCAAUCUUAAACAGAAGAGGGUAGAACUAUGAUAUUUUGAAUUUUGUUACAUGUACAUACGUAAAAGACUUAUUUAAUAUAACCAUGCAUUUUGGAGACAGGUCCAAUGUUGAUAUGUCUUACUUAAGGCAGCCUUUGUUUAGAGACACCAGGCUGAUGGACAGGAGCUCCUGUGAAUGUUACACCAUGCUGAUCUGUCAUUUAUGUUCACUAUACAGUUAAAAUACAGGAAAGGAACCAAGCUAAUACUCCAGUCAAUUCACAUGUGCUUGAAAUUUUGUGGUGGGGUCACUGAGCCAAAAAAACCCUGAAUAUAUAGCUACUGUAUGUAAGUAGCUGCCAAAAAGCUUUAGUUUUAUUUGCUUUUACAUCUUGUGCCCUGCCUCAGUUCUCUACUGCCAUCAGUAGAAAUUUGCCAUGGAAAACAAGGAAAUCAGACAACCCUCUAAUGCUCUGAUACUUCUCAGACGGUGUGUUCUGAAGUGAGUUUUAAGAAUAUUCAGUGUUACUUUCAGCAUUAAAUAUCUUACUGGUGAUCUUUGAGCAUACAUUCCCAGAAGUUAAUUUAUAUAUGGAAUAAAAACUGCAGUGAGCAUUUUUCCCUCACCUGUUAGGUGAUUCUGGAUUUUCCAGGCUCUUAAUAGUUUCUGUUUGAAAAGCUACUCUGAAGAAAACAAAGUAAAACAAAACACAAGGAAUUUAACAAAGAAAAUAUUCCUUAGAUAAAAAAUGGGAAUACAAGUGUUGCCUUGCUUCCAUGUUUAUCUGAAGUCCUUGGUGUGCCUAAAAUCUUGUAUCUGUGAAGUUCUGAGUACAGAGUUGGACCAGUGAGUUCAUUAUCUAUUAAAACCACAAGCAAAGUUUGUUUGAAUGGAUUAUUCGCUUAGGAGAAGAGGGAAUCCUCAGUAUUCCUUAAGUCUUUUCUCCCACCCACAAGGUCCUGAUUUUAAUCCUUCCAGAGCUCGAUGGGACUCUAGAAAUCCUUUCCUUCAGUCAUAAAAGCUGCAUAGCUUUUUUUAUGCCAUUUUCUCAAGUUCGGAAAAUUAGAGGUGAAACAAGUAAGUGGCUAAACCACAGUACCAUUUGUGGUGAAUUAUUUGCAUAUGUGUGUGUAAUUCAGUAGACAUACAGUUUACUUUUUUCUGUUUCCAUCAGUAUUUUAAUAAAGUGUUAGAGAGUAGCUGA